UUAUGGCUGCUUAUAACAUGUAUCGUCGUGUGUGGGAUUCUGAGUGCCCUGUUCUCAGGCCUCUCCCUCGGAAUCAUGAUGCUGGAUACGCUGCAGCUGAACCUGCUUAUCCUCGUGUCCGAAAAAGACAAGAAGGAGCUGAACAACGCCAAGAACGCCAGGAAGAUACUCCCACUACGAAACAACACAAAUGAGAUACUCGUAACAUUCAUCACAGCCAACGUCAUGGUGAACUCUGCCUUCAGCUUGCUGCUCAGUGAGCUCACAGAUGGUGUCACGUCAUUCAUCAUUUCGACGUUAAUCAUUACGAUUUUCGGAGAGAUAAUUCCGCAGUCCAUUUGCUCCAAGCACGGGUUGGCUAUCGGUGGCUUCUUCGCCCCUCUCAUUCACUGCCUCAAGUUUUGUCUCUUCAUCUUUGCUAAACCGACGAGCCUCAUCCUGGACCACUUCGUGGGAAAGAACGUACUGAACACGUACAACAAGAAGCAGCUGAAGGCACUCGUGGAUGUGCACAAGAGUGCAGCGGAUAUUCUUCACGAAGACGAAGCGAAGAUCGUCGUGAGUGCCCUGGAAAUGUCUCAAUACAAAGUGAUGCAUAUCAUGACUGACAUCGAUUACGUAUUCGGGAUAGACUACAACAGCUUUAUUAACUACGAAACGAUUAAGCGGAUUCUAAAAAGUGGAUUCUCAAGGAUACCUGUCCUGAAUAGAUGCAACUCAGAAUGUGUUGUCGGUCUCAUCCAUAUCAAGGAUCUCAUAAACAUAUGGUUUGGUAUCAAUAAAAUAAUUUUUGAUAAUAACUCAUUGGUGCAAUGUAGAAAGAGGAGAGAUACCAACAAGCAUAAGUAUUACAAGAAGAGAUCCAGAACGGGUAUCUUUCAUUUAAUUAAAAUGAAAUCGGAGAAAAUAAAAAUUGCUAAUAAAAUUUAUGCAUAUGAUGGAUCAAAGAUUCUUGGUCGUUGUGCUGCCUCGACUAAGGGGGGGAAGUCACACAAUUAUAUCGACUCACCUCGUCGCACCAGUCAGUCGUCUACUACUUAUAGCAAGAGGAAGAGGAAAAUAUCCGCGAGGGGCACACAUCCUUCCAGGAAAUGUCAAAAUGGUUAUGACACGGAUACGGCAGAUGAUGAAAACGAUUGGGACAGUACCCUGGGGAAAGAAAACGGCGCGGGUGAUGCAGAUGAGGGGGAUAAGGAGGUCCAGGAUGGAAUCGAAGUCGUCGACCUUAAGGACAGCGCCGAUGAGCAUCUGAGCACGGAUAGCGAGGUGGAGCCAGCCCAGGAGACCUCCAACCCGGACGAGGUGAAGAUCAACAUUGAUCAGCCCCCCCACCGGAGGGAAGCGAAGAAGGGGAGGCAGACCGGGCAGGCGUGGCAAACGAAGCAGUUGAAAGCGAGCGGAGACCAAGUUGGAGGGAAAAAAAAGAAAAAAAAAGUUCAGAUCAACGUGGAGGAGGACAAAGAGGAGCAGCACAUCGGGUGCAGCAGCUACUAUGAGGCCAGAGACGGGCAAGCACAGCAGCAGAGGGGUGAACUGGGCGAACGGGGUGAACGAAGCGAGCGGGACCAGAUCGUGAACCCGUCGAAGCUCCGAGAUCAAAAGAAAAAGAAAAUUAAAAAAACUUACAAAAAUCCGUACGAAUACAAAAACAGGAACGUAAACUUCGUGGAGUUCCUGUCCGACCAAAUGAUGUUAAGUGGAGAGGACGAGCAGGAGUCUUCUUCCCCCGACGAGGUUGUAUUCACCGACAUUCAAAAAAAAAUAAAGUACUACAGCAGAAUGAAUAAGGGAAGAGCAGCAGGAGGAGCAGCGGUGGGGGCAGCGGUAGGGGCAGCAGCAGGGGGAGGUGGCAACUGCGUCGCUACGAAAACUCCACAGGGUAAGCCCCACUCAGCGAAGAGCAAACAGACGCAGAGUGGGAACAGCGGAGAUGGCAGCCCCACCGCAAAGGGAGCACCCCCCAGUGGAGCUACCACCCAGGGGGACGUACAAAAUGGGAAGACCCCUCCGAUCAGGAGCACAAAUAAGCCAUACGAACCAAGUAAGCCAUACGAACCAGGUAAGCCAUACGAACCAAGUAAGCCAUACGAACCAGGUAAGCCAUACGAACCAAAUAAGCCAUACGAUCCAAACGAAUCAGGCAGAGGAGACAGAGACCGAGGCAGCACAAGUGGCAGAGGCAGCGCCGCGCGCAGCAGCAUCGGAGACAUCGCCUCCAACCACGGACGAAACAGAUACAUCUCCCAAAGCACCAUGAUAAAAGAAAAUCUCAAUAAAGAAAAAAACAUGAAACAUAUUUUCCUGGAUAUAAAAAAUUACAUCAGAAUUGCCAGAAACAAGGAUAUUGAAAUCCCAGUGAAAUAUAUUCUAAAACAUAUCGGGAGAUAUAUCUACGGGGUGGACUACAAUGAGAGUAUAUUCUCUCUUCUGAGUUUUUUUAAGAGUGCCAACAAUCACAUCGUGGUGGUUAGGAAGGUGAUAUACGAUGAGAAUGCCGACCCCAAGUAUGCCCACAUUGGUAUUAUCACCCUGGAGGACGUGAUCGAAAUUUUAUUGCAAGAGGAGAUAACGGACGAGUUUGACUUCCGCAGUGUUAAGAAGGGUACCAACAUCCCCUCGAACUUCGUGUGGAAAAACUCGAACGAGUCCCUCGGCAGGGGCAAGCACCCGGACGAAGCAUUCCAAGAGGAGCCGCUCCAGGAAGACUCACCCCAAGAAGAGGCUAUUCCAAACCUGCCGCCAACGCCGCCAACGCUGCCAGCGCACCCUUCCCAGCGCGCGAGGUCCACCAGGAAGCUCACGCUCAUGCCGAGCUGCAAACGGGAAGUCAUCACCUUCCUAAAGGAGAGCGUCUACUUCAAGUACAUCGACACGCAACUAAUCAGCAAGUGUAUCCAAAGGAAGAAAAUAAAGACUGCGCAGAAAAAUGAAUACAUACUUAAGGAGAACACCUUUUUAAACUACGCAAUAAUCCUAAUGAAGGGACGUGUGAAAAAUAUAAAAAACGGAAGCACCAACGUCCACACGAAUAAGUGCAUCAUUGCGCUGGAGGCUCUCGGCCCAUGCAAUAUCAUCGAACUGUUUAACAGUACCAUCGAGAAGAGAAUCAACGUUCUCAAAAAUUACGAAGAAGAAAAAAAAAAAAAAAUCUCUAUUCUUUAAAUGGGUGGCAGCGGUCUCUCCAGUCACCCCUCCAGCGGGCUGCAUAGUGGCCUCGCCAACACCAACUCCCAUGUCAUUCCCAGAAAUAUCAACAUCUUAUUUAGGAAGUGGUACACCCAGCACGUGUACUUUAACAAGAGCACCUGCAUCGCAGAAACCCCCUGCGAGUACAUGAUUCUGUCGAAGAACGAGUACAUGGACAUGAUAAUUGAAUGCUACAGCAACAACAAGGUGGACGAAAUUAUUGAGGAUCACUGA